GCGAGCGCCAAGGUGUCCAAUGGUGGCGCAGAGAGGUAGCAUAUUAUUAACAUGUUAUUACAGGAGGUGUUUUAGAUAUUGAUCCAGUAUUCCGUCGUAGUUACAAACUCACUCACAGGCUAAAAACACGGACCUGUUAAACUCGACUGUUUAACGAGUGAAAACAAACAAAAGCGGGGGGAAAAAUGCCCAAGAGGAAGUCACCUGAGGGAGCGGAGGGGAAAGACUCCACUAAAGUCACAAAGCAGGAGCCCACUCGGAGGUCAGAGCGCCUGUCUUCGAAACCGGCUCCUCCUAAAACCGAGCCCAAACCCAAAAAAGCUGCAGCUAAGGCAUCUGACGACAAAGCGGCGAAAGGAAAGAAGGGCGGAGCCAAAGGGAAGAAGGAGGAGAAAGAGGCGGUGCCCACUGAGAAUGGAGAGACCAAGGCAGAGGGGGAAUCCACUGAGGCCGAGGCAGAUGCUAAGGAGUGACUCUAGUUGGUUUUCUGGGGAACGGAAAAGACAUUUUUUUAUUCUUUAUUGAGUAUUUUGUAAGAUGCUAACUUUUUUUAGACUUGUCAUCGUAGAUUUACUUAGCAAGCUCACACUCCCCCCAGAAGUCCCCGUUCUACUCUGUUAUCACCGGAUCGGACAGAUCUGUCGAUGAAAAAACAAGAAAACUCUUCUUUUUUCUUUUUUUCUUUUUUUUUUUUUUCUUAAAUGUUUCACCACCAGCAGCAGCCAUAUCAGUUCGUAACUUUAUAGUCAGUCGGAAACCUGCGUCCCUACGUCCCAUCCAGUAACGUAACAACACGUGCUUAAUGUUUGUGCCGUGCUGAAUGAGUCGUCUGGUCAUUCAGGCUCACCAGUUAAGUGUGUAUUCUGAGUCUUCUGGGUUUUUCAAUUAUAAUCACUUGUAUAAUGUAUGAUUAUAAUAAUAAUAAUAAUAAUAAUAAUAAUAACGUCGCUGAAUGAGAAAGAUUGCGACUAAAAGGGAAAAAAACAAUUGUUUCCAAAUUGUUUUUUUUUUUUUAAUCCUCUUUAUUGGGCAGAUCGGGACUCGGAUUGGGACUCUUUUUAUUUUUUUAUUUUUUUAUUUUUAAUUUGCUGAGUUAAAUAUGACCCUUAAUGUAAUGGCACAUAACCAUAGCAAUAACCACAGGGUGCUGAGAGUGACGUUCGUUCUGAAACUGAACCUGACAUGCUUCUGGAGGUCCGCCUGCCUGGCUGGUUUGGGAUAUUGUCUGUGAAAAUGUUUUCAAAUAAAACCAUGAAAGAAAAAAAAGUGCUGUGUGUGUGCGCGUGUGUGUGUGUGUGUGUGUGUGUGUGUGUGUGUGUGUGUGUGUGUUUAUAAACAUUCGUGCUUCACUUCCUGAAUGAUAUUUGCUUGCAUAGAGGCACAAGUUUCUGGUUCCCUGGUUUGAGUUUAGAGUUUAAACCUGAUAGAAAACCGGUGAAGAUCCGACCAGAAGCCACAAAGGCCUUUCAUUAGGUUUCUGUACACGUGACACAGGCACAUGAUCCUAAACUAUCACUUUCACUCACUUACACACACACACACACACUCACUAAAUACAACUGCUGAUGUCAGGAAGUGAAAGGUCAGCAGUGUUACAAAGGAUUGGGAACACAAGGGGGAAUUUAAAGGCCU